UCUCUCUCAUUCUGUGAUUUGAAAAAACAAAAGCAAAGGAAAAGCAAAGCAAAGCAAAGAAGAAGAAAAAAGAAAAACUAGGAGGAGAAGAAGAUGAUAAGGACUCGAUUGGUGUGGUUGGGUCUAGGAUUUUCAGUUACAGGAGCCGCAAUUUCCCGGUUCAUCUGGAGAGACUUGUGGGUUGAUCGCUAUGCUCUUCUCUCUGAUGUGAAAGAACUUGAUGCUCUGCAAGCCAGAGUGUCGGAGCUUGAGUCACUCUCUUAUCCCAAAUCAAAUCCGGGUCAGCCAUCACUAACUUGGGGUCACCUUGACUUUAAAGAAAUGGAGAGAGAAGAAUAAUGAUGGUUGCAUGUGUGAGUGUUUAAAUUCUUUUCAAGUCAAGUAAUAACUCUUAUGACUUUUAAUAAUGUAGCUUCCGUGUCUUUGGAUGGAGUAUUUUUUUCCCCACUUUUGUUGAUGUGGGCUCUAAUCUUGAUAUGGGAGUGGAGACAAUUUUAUUUUAAGAGUCAAUUGUAAUUUUUAUUGAUUUAUAAUAUUUGCAGGAGUCAAGGAUGCUUUUGUAAUUCUGAUUUCUUAAGUCAAAUCAGAAUUUGGUUUUAGUCCUAUUAGUCUAUAUAUCAUGCUCAUACAAAGAGUUUACAGUUUGAGUGAUAAAAUUAUUCUUUAGAAUUUUCCUUCAAUAACUCGAUGCUGGUUCUAGGCACCCUAAAUGCAGGUUCCUAGGUCUAUUAUUCAAUUUUGUUGUUUCAUAAAUUUUGGUUGUCUAAUGUCAAGUUUAGGUGCUACUCUUCAAUCUAAUAAAGCAUUCCUUGGCACUGUAAACUUUUGCAAUCAUUUUUCAGAAAAUAAUGGUAAUCUUAUAAUGAAAGAAGUGGUUAAUAAGUGUAUUGGUUGUGAAAUAUACCCGGAUCAAUGUGUUAAUUCACAUCUCCAUGUUUUAGAUGUCCUCCCUUUUAGCAUAGUCUGAGUGGUUGGGAUAUUAUGAUAUGCUUCAAUCUUACUGUCCAUAUCAUAUGGUUUGUGAUUUCUUUUCUUCAACAAGGUAUUAUUGGAGGUUUAGGCAGAUAUUAGGACACACGAGCUGUAAUUUGGAUUGAGAUCUAGUACAAUAUGCAAUACCUUCUUAUCAGUUCAGAUCAAAAGUUAAAAAGUUUAUUUUUGAUAUCAAAUCAUUGGAUCAAGGAAGUUAAAAAGGUAAAAAAGUCUAAAAUUAAAAAAAAAUUGAAAAAGUGGAAAUGAUGUGAGAGGGAUUGCAUGGAGCAAUAGCUAUUGCACCGGAUCUCAAUCCUUGUAACUUAGUGUAAUAAAAGCAAAUAGUCAGACAUAGUACUGGGUACUUUUGCUUUAGUCCAAUUAGAAUAAAUAAUUUUGACAACAUUGGACCCGUGGCCAUAUAUUUAAAGAAAUAAACUUGUCAUUUUUUUGUUAUAUCAUUAUCAAGUUUGGUGGAAUUUGAUCCAACCAUUUUGGUCAUCAAUCUAUUCAUGGAUAGCUCUGUGACUUGUCUGUGUCUCACUCUUGGAGACGACAAUGACUUGUGUUUCUGCUGUCCUUAGAUUACCUUGUGUGUUUGUGUGUGUGUGUGUGUGUGUGAGAGAGAGAGAGAGAGAGAGAUGUUUUAGAAUUGUUUUGUUGUAUGUUCUCCAUUUAUUUUUGUAAAAGUGUUCUAAUAACUGCAUUCUCCUCUGUUUUGGCAGGCUGAAGGCUAGCUUUAAAUCAUGCUGAGAUGAUUUUCAUACAUUCUAGCAUGACUUGUUUGUUGGGAUUCUUGUGAUAAGUUGAA